AUGUUAAUCAGCCUUGUGUUCCUACCCUGUUCAACCUUUACCAAUAUUUCCUCAAUUUAUGGACACUAAGAAAACAAAGGCCACCAAAGUGAGUUACGAACCUACAUUGUUCAUGUCAGUAGGCCAGAAAGGAAUAACAAUGGCGUUUCUCUUCAAUCAGAAGAGUUGCAUGGCUGGUACCAAACACUUAUGCCGCAAACCAUUGCAACCUCCAUUCAGGAUCGUAUGGUUUUCUCUUACCGCAAUGUGGUCUCUGGUUUCGCCGUGAAGUUGACACAAGAAGAAGCCAAAGCUUUGGAAGAGAAAGAGGAAGUUGUUUCAGCAAGACCUGAAAGAACCCUCACUCUUCACACAACUCACACUCCAUCUUUCUUGGGUUUGCGUCAGGGACAAGGGUUGUGGAAAGAUUCCAACCUUGGAAGAGGCGUUAUCAUCGGAAUUAUAGACACCGGAAUAUUCAAGUGGAAAGGUCAUUGCGAAUUCACGGGACAAAGAACAUGCAACAACAAGCUCGUUGGUGCAAGAAAUCUUCUCAAGGAAGCUCUUCAAGAGCCUCCUUUUGAAAACUACUUCCACGGAACGCAUACAGCCGCAGAGGCGGCCGGAGCAUUUGUGGAAGACGCCGGAGUUUUUGGCAAUGCCAAGGGAACUGCAGCUGGGAUGGCACCCGGUGCACACGUGGCAAUGUACAAAGUAUGCAAUGACCAAGUCGGGUGCACCGAAAGUGCCAUUCUAGCUGCAAUGGACAUUGCCAUUGAAGACGGCGUAGACGUUCUCUCUUUGUCCCUUGGUUUAGGCUCUCUUCCGUUCUUCGACGACCCAAUUGCGAUCGGCGCCUUUUCAGCCAUCCAAAGCGGGAUUUUCGUCAGUUGCUCGGCCGCUAACAGUGGUCCUGAAUACAGCACUUUGUCAAAUGAAGCUCCAUGGAUUCUCACCGUUGGUGCAAGCACCAUUGAUAGAAAAAUAGCAGCACUAGCAAAGCUUGGAAACGGUGCAAAAUAUCAAGGAGAAACUUUGUUCCAGCCCAGUAACUUUUCGUCAGAACUAUUGCCACUUGUGUAUCCUGGUUUAAAUGGAAACAAUGAAUCUGCUUUCUGCACACCCGGAUCCUUAGAAAACUUUGAUGUCAAAGGAAAGGUUGUGGUUUGCGAUUUAGGUAAGAUUUCAAGUGUUCUCAAAGGACAAGAAGUUCUGAGAGCCGGUGGUGCCGCCGUGAUUCUGACCAGCCCAGAAAUCGUUGGCUACAGCACCCCCACCACCGCUUACCCUCUCCCUGCAGUGCAAGUAGGCUUUGGAGCAAGUUUCGCCAUCAAAUCUUACAUAAACUCAUCAAGCACAGCACAAGCAACGAUCUUGUUUGAAGGAACAAUAAUUGGUGAUUCACUUGCACCAGAAGUUGUUUACUUCUCUUCAAGGGGUCCAAGCCAAGAAAGCCCUGGAAUCUUGAAACCAGACAUAAUUGGACCCGGGGUGAAUAUUCUAGCAGCAUGGGGUGUCUCUGUAGACAACAAAGUACCAUCGUACAAUGUUGUCUCCGGCACUUCAAUGUCAUGCCCUCACCUCAGCGGCAUUGCGGCUUUACUCAAAAGCGCGCAUCCUGAUUGGUCUCCGGCAGCUAUUAAAUCAGCUAUCAUGACGACUGCGGAUACAAAGAACCUCGGAGGCCUACCCAUUGUGGAUCAAAGGCAUUUGAAGGCUGACAUUUUUGCAACGGGUGCAGGACAUGUUAACCCUAAUAGAGCAAAUGAUCCUGGUCUUGUUUAUGAUAUCCACCCUGAUGAUUACAUUCCUUAUCUCUGUGGAUUGAGUUACACGGACAGAGAGAUUGGAAUUCUUGUUCAAAGGAAAGUGGUGUGUGCCAAUGUUAAGGUCAUAGCAGAAGCACAACUCAACUACCCUUCAUUUUCUAUUAUAUUGGGGUCUACUUCACAAUACUACACUAGAACGUUGACCAAUGUUGGACCAGCAAAUUCAACCUAUAGUGUGGAUAUUGAUGUGCCUUUUGGUUUGGGUGUGAGCGUAAACCCUUCUCAGAUAACGUUCAGUGAGUGGAAUCAGAAGGUUACAUAUUCGGUGGAGUUUAUUCCACAAGUGAGAGAAAAUAGAGGAAACCAUAGCUUUGCUCAAGGUGCUCUCACAUGGAUAUCUCAGAAACACACUGUUAGGACCCCCAUUUCUGUUAUUUUCAAGUGA